CGACUCUCAACCUUAGAGACUACGACUCUGUCUGAGGCUCGAUGGCUCAGACGUUCACUCUUUACUGUUAAUCGAUAUACUUUGACCUUUUAGCGUGUCUUCUUUGCGAUACCCCGUACAUAUACCCACAACAUAGCGUAAUGCACACCAUAUAUCACAAUGAGCGUGCCAAUGAUACCCAGAAAGGAGAUAGCAAGGAAGGAGUUACCAAGCAAAGAAGUUGAGGAGCCAUCGCCGGCACACUUGAAAGAAAUUAGAACAGGCAACACUGCAACCAGACGGGAUACACCCGAGGAAGGCCAGAGCAAGAGAAAGCGCAUCCACUUAGGCGCCGGCGCAGGGUGGGCACUAUCAGACCGCUUCGAUCGCAUACUUCCACCACACAAACAAUAUGUCGGUCGCAGUCGCCGCACGUUUCUCGUUGCGCUGCUUGUUGCUUUUGUCUGUCUACUGGCACUGAUCAUUGGUCUGGCAGUUGGAUUAUCGAAGAAGUCCAAAACUCAGAACUUGCCGCUUCCCGACAAUACUGAUCAUCAUACUGGUGAUUUGACCUACUACGGCCCUGGCCUUGGUGCGUGUGGCAUCGAGUCUGGCGAUGAUGAUGCGAUCGUCUCUGUGUCGCACUAUGUGUUCGAUGCAGCACAGACUGGCAGUGAUCCGAAUCAGAACCCGCUGUGUGGACGAAAGAUCAGGGCCACAAGAGUGGAUGAACGCAUCGGCAAGCAGGUCAGCAUUGACGUAAAAGUUGUUGACAGAUGCACUGGAUGCGAGCCUACUGAUCUCGAUGUCAGUCCUGCGAUGUUCGACGAGAUGGCGGAUCACGAUUUGGGGAGAGUAACGAUGACUUGGGCCUGGUUGUCAUAAGUACAGUUGUGCUAAAAGGUACGGUGUGUGCAGCUAUGGCCACAAGAUCGAGCGCUGCAUCCGAGGGCUUUCAUUGCUGUCUGAAUAGUUAUGCCAGCCCGAGAGACUCAGUGUUUCUUGCUGUCUUUCAAGACCCUUGCCAACCUGUGCAAUCCGUCGAUACUGUAGAUUGAAAGUCAGAUCAGAUUCAUU